AUGGAGAAGAUUGUCAGCAAUGCAUCCUGCACCACCAACUGCUUAGCCCCCUUGGCCAAGGUCAUCCAUGACAACUUUGGCAUCAUGGAAUGGCUCAUGACCACUGUCCAUGCCAUCACUGCCACUCAGAAAAUUAUGGAUGUCCCCUCUAGGAAGCUGUGGAGAGAUGCCUGUGGGACUGUCCAGAACAUCAUUCCUGCAUCCACUGGUACUGCCAAGGCUGUGGGCAAGGUCAUCCCAGAGCUGAAUGGGAAGCUCACUGGCAUGGCCUUCUGUGUUCCUACCCCCAAUGUAUCUGUUGUGCACCUGACAUGUAGCCUAGAGAAAUCCACCAAGUAUGAUGACAUCAAGAAGGUGGUGAAGCAGGCAUCCGAGGGCCCACUAAAGGGUAUCCUGAGCUACACUGAGGACCAGGUUGUCUCCUGUAACUUCAACAGCAACUCCCACUCUUCCACCUUAGAUGCUGGGGCUGGCAUUGCUCUCAGUGACAACUCUGUGAAGCUCAUUUCCUAA